CACAGCAGCCUACAGAGUUAUCCCCAGUCGACACUGGAACUCACAAGUCACAAGAAGUGUGUAGUAUUGUAGCAACCAAAAUGGCGACAAACAAGGGUCAGGAGAAGAGAAGUUCUUCGACCAGACUGUCAACAACCACCUCCACAGGCAAUGAUGAGGAAAAUGAAGACUUUGAAGAUGCACUGGAGAGUGUUCCACAGAGUCCUCCCUUGGAUCCCAGCGUAGAUCGUCUAAGCUUGGACAGAGCCAUCCAAGAAGGAGAUGCUGCCCUCAGAAUGUUUUUCGACAACAGAUUCACAGAGGCCAGGGAUCGAAUGCAGCCCUGGGCAGACAAGAGUAUGUACCAUGCCUUGGGAUAUGGAACAAUUCUCUAUAUUCAAGCUGUCAUGACCUUUGACAUGGCUGACAUUGAAACUGCCAUUGAAGCAAUAAAGAAGUCUGUGAUAGUCUGUGGGAAAGUUAGAAAAAAGACAUCUGUCAUCAGUUCUAUAACUAAGCUUGGAAGCAAAGUUAAUUACAAUGAGUUCACAGAAGAGGAAAUCCAUGCUGAACUUUGUUAUGCUGAGUGCCUGUUGAUCCGUGCAUUUCUGACAUUUAUACAAGAUGAAAAUCUGAUCAGCUUUGUGAAGGGAGGACUGAAAAUAAGAGAGUGCUACAAAAUAUUCAAGGAUUGUCAUAAAAUCCUUAGGAAAAGGAACUUUGACUCAGAUGAGCACAAAGUGCAUUUUGAAAGUGGAGUGUGCAUGGGAGUUGGAGCUUUUAAUUUGAUGAUCUCAUUACUCCCAAGCAAGAUCAUGAAACUAUUGGAGUUCAUAGGAUUUUCUGGUAAAAAGUCCUUUGGACUGAGUCAGCUUCAGCGCGCCUGUGAACUGGGCAUUGGUUUACGCAGCAAGCUGUGUGCUCUGAUGCUGGUUGCGUACCACUCUCUGGUGACCUACAUUCUGGGUUUGGCUGAUGGAGACAUUGAACUAGCGACAGAGGUUCUCCAACCAUGUUUAAAUGAUCAUCCAAAGGGUGCCCUGUUUCUCUUUUUCUCUGGACGUCUUGAGGAAGUGAAAGGAAACAUUGAAGAGGCAAUUCGCAGGUUUGAUGAGUCCAUUGAUUCCCAAAGCGAAUGGCGUCAGUUCCAUCAUCUAUGCUACUGGGAGCUUAUGUGGUGCCACUGUUUCAAGCGUGACUGGCUCAUGUCCAUGAAGUACGCUGAGCGCUUGUGCCGGGAGAGCAGGUGGAGCAAGGCUACUUACACCUAUCAGAAAGCUGCCUUCCUGUCAGUGUGCCCCGACCAGUCUGAAGAGACAAAAAAACAUUUGGACUAUCUCUUUGGAGACGUGCCUAGACUGAAACAGAGAAUAGCUGGAAAGUCUCUUCCUUUUGAAAAGUUUGCAGUAGCGAAGUCUCAGCGGUACUUCCAGCAGGGGAACUACCUUAUUUUGCCAGCUCUGGAACUGAUUUAUGUAUGGAAUGGCUUCAACAUCAUUGGCAAGAACCAAAAGCUGUUAGGGGAGAUGCUGAUGGAUGUGGAAGAGACAAUUACCAAAAUUGCAGAGAAGCAAGAUUCUGCCGAGUCUGAGAAGUUCUACUAUGACAACUACAGCCUGGCCCUGCUGUUGAAAGGCGUGUGUCUGCGACACAGAGAUCAGCUGUUCCAGGCUGAGCAAUGCUUUCAGGAGGUUAUUGCCAAUGAGAAAAAGAUUGUGAAUGACUACUACUUACUGCCCUACACUAUUGUGGAGCUGGCCAUCAUUCAGCUGCUACAGGAGAGGUUUGACGAGGUCAAAAAGAAUUUGGACAAGGUCAAGAAAAAUUACAAGGGAUAUUACCUGGAAAGCCGCCUCCAUUUCCGCAUCCAUGCCAUCCGACUACAACUCAACACGCUCCUCAACAGCGAGGGAGAUGCAGAUAACGAUGAAAGCAUCGACCAGACAGCGACAAAUGAUGUAGAGUCCUGGGAUGACGACAAUGACCUUAACCCUGACCAGGCCUUCGGUGAGGCAAGUGAGAAAUCGAUCCCAUCGACCGAUCUGUGAUCUCAGUUUUGUUUAGCAUUAUCAGGACUUUAUAUUUCCUAACACUUUGCUGCCAUGUCAUUUGUGAUAUUCCUGGGAGGUUGUAACAUUUUGAAGUGUUUUUGAAAAAUUCUGCAUUCUAUUAUUGGUCCCAGCAUGAUGUUUUUGGUAUCAGUGUCUUUAGUAACGUCAGCACGAUUGAUUGCGCCUUUGGAUUUUUUCUAGAAAAUGAAUGCGUUUAUGCUUGGAAAGAAAAGCUGACUGAGGUAAAAAAAAAAAAAAAAAAAGUCCUUAGUGCAGUCAAAGCUUAGCAAUGCCAGUUGCUGGCUGUGCUUUGGCCCGGAAAUCAGGCUGUACCAGGGUGUAACUUUUGGGUCAUGUGGGAUCAGAGGUAGCCCUUUCAUAAGUAUAGUUACGAGAAUACCUGUGAACACUUUGUUAAGUUGUAGAGGGGGUGAUUUCAGAAUAGCACGGAUUCAUUUAAAAUCAAAGUUACACCAUUUCUGUGCAAGUGGAGUAUAUUCAAGUAAUUUUUGCCAAGUAUGUUCAAAAUUAGGCCAAACUAGUUUUUAAGCAAAGUUGUUGUGGAAAUUUAUGAAGUUUUGUAAUGUUUAAACUUGCCUCUCCCACAACUUUGUAUUGAUCAAUAAAUUUUGAAAAUUAAAAAGAAAACUUCAGUGCUCGGUUUGCUGCUCUUUUGUUUAAGCUUGUUUUAAAGUCAUUUGAGUAAAAUUUAGAUUUUUUCAUUGUCAUUGCUACAAAGCUGGAUUGAAAGUCAUCAUUUUAUGUUCAUUUCUUUUAUGUAAUGGCCUCACUGGUUCAUCUUGUGAUAUGCCUGUGUCAUUCUCUAUUUCUAGAUCACUUGGAACAUAAUGAUCAGUGUAUUCAUCAUUAUCAGGCCCCCAUGGGUCAUGCACUGGGGAUGUGACUAACUGUGUUAUUCAUAGAUUCUGUCUUUUGUUGGGGUUUUUUUUCCUGACAGAACGAAAAAGUCACUCUUUAAAGAAAGUUAACCAAACAAUUGAAAGAUGAUUAGACUUUCUAUACAGUGGUUAUAUUUUUUAAAUGACUGAAUAGAAUUUUUCACGAGAACUUGUCAACAUUCAGGCUACACUGCUACUGUCAGAGCUGCAGUGAUGAUUCAGCUUGUGCUAGACUGUCAAGCGUUGUGGCAGUGAAGUGUUAACUGGGUGCCUGGAAGAUACUGCUUUUGGCUCCUCCUCUUUGACUACUUUUAAGCUAUCUAAAAUGUCUCUUGUCUUGCCUAUUGAUCUGAUAUUAAUUACCUCAGUUGGGUGGAUGUGCUUCUCUCUAACACAAACUCAAUAGGAAAAGCAACUUUGUUCCCAUUAAAUUCAACACCAGUCUGCAUAACCAGUAUAUUCGAGACUCAAUAUAUACCAAAAUGCAAAUCGACAUCUUGGUUCUAGUGCAUGAUAUAGUUAAUAUAUCAGUUGUGAAUGUCUUCUACCCUUUUUUUUCCUUUAUGGAGAUAAAUGACAAGGUAUAUUAUUAUUCUGGUAUUCAAAAAACUCAUUGUAUCAGUUUUAAAACUUCAGAUGGGUGUGCCAUUUUUUUUUUUUUACCUUUAUGAGGAUGCGUAACAUAAUUUGUGAUAUUUGAAAAACAUCUGUGAAAAAGAGUUAUGAGAAACUUGUUGCAUUUCAAGCUCAAAAUCUGUGUUAUGAUUUCUCUAAAUAUUGUUAUAUUUUAAAACUUCAAGUGUGGUAGUUACUUGCUACUGGAUUCAGUGCUCCCUUUUUACUGCCAUGUUUGUACCAUUGUAACAGCUGAUGAAAUGCCAUAAUCUGUUGUGAUAUGGCCAGCUUCUUUGCUUUUCAUGCACCUGGCUUAAGUUCAGUUCUCUUUUUUGUUUUGUUUUUCUGUCUCCAUCCUGUGAUGUAUCUCACACAGGGUUAGUUAAUCCAAACAAGCAGGUUCAGAGCAGUUUGCGUCGUAAUGAUCUAAUUGUGUCCAUAGAAGGGGGUGCAUAUUAAUGACAGUUUUAUUUUCUGCUGAUGAAUCUUAUCCAUAAUUCUCUGGUAAUGGGGAAAGUAUACUCACAAAAAAAGUUAUUCCGUCGUUUCAGUGUUUUUGGUACUUAUACCAAUGUGAUAUAGCCUACUCUUCAAAUGAAUCUGAAAAUGUUCAUAUUUUAUAGUGAGUAGUUCUUUCCUAGCAUGCCAAAAAUCCUUUUAUUUAUGUACAUAAAAUCUCUUGAAAGCCGGAAAGAACAAAAUAAAGAAAGAAAAAGGACCAAAAGAAAAA